AUGACACACAUUCAUUGGGAAUACAGCUUUCAGAGACUUAAAAGACUACAGUGGCUUUUACACAAGGAAAACUUUUCGCAGAGGUGGCUAGCAUCUGGUAGCCUUUUUGCUCAGUCAUGUAUCCACACAAGUUCAUCUCUGCAGAAAUUUGGGAAGUGGGAGAAGAAAAACAGGAUUGUUUACCCACCACAGCUGCCUGGAGAACCUCGCAGACCAGCUGAAAUAUAUCACUGUCGGAGGGAAAUAAAAUACAGCAAUGAGAAGAUGUGGUAUCUGGCAAAACUGAUAAAAGGAAUGACCAUUGAUCAGGCUCUUGCUCAGUUAGAAUUUAAUGAUAAAAAGGGAGCAAAGGUGAUCAAAGAGGUUCUGUUAGAAGCACAGGAAAUGGCAGUACGAAAUCACAACGUGGAAUUCAAAUCAAAUUUACAUAUAGCUGAGUCAGUGACGGGCAGAGGCCGCUAUGUGAAGCGGAUUCGUUACCAUGGCAAAGGCAUGUUUGGCAUCAUGAAAAUCGUCAGGUGCCAUUACUUUGUGAAGUUGGUGGAAGGUCCUCCUCCUCCUCCAGAGCCACCAAGGACUGGUUUUGACCAAGCAAAAGAAUACGUGCAGCAGCUGCGAAGUAGAACCCUUGUUAAUACACUGUGACAAACUUUUGUGACUACAUAGGUAUUUCUUGUUUGACAAUGUAAUUAUAUAAAAGAAUAAUUAAAGUAAUGUUUUAGUUA